AUGGAUCCACCUGUCACUAGAAGCUGCGUGCGGAAUCCCCACGCUCCCUCCAUACUCUGGGAAUGCCUCACCCGCCCUCUCGGCCAGUACCGAGGACCCAACCAGCCGCCCAACAACCCUCCAGCCCCCAUUCUGCCUCCGAGAAUGGGCAUGGGUUACCUGGAUUUCUCGGUCCCCUGCCAGGCUGCUGCUCCUCCUCCUCAGAGCUUUCCUUGCGCUGAACGCGCUUUGGAGGAACCUGGCAUUCAGCUGCCCACCUGGAACGUGGCGGCUUCUGAGCUCGUCCUGCCGGCGAAGUUGGCUUCGGGGUCAGGGGGACUAGGAGAGGGCAGUCCCAGACCCAGGGUAAAUAACCUCUUCACAGGGAAUGUGGCAAGCGAUGCCGAGAAAAAAGCAGUCUUCUGGAAAGUGGAAAAUGAAGAUGUGGCUGCUCAGUGGUGUGAUAGUACUAACGGCACAAAGACCCAGGGUGCUAUCCGUCGCAAACGUACAACCACCCCAAGGAAAGAAACCUCCAAAAUCCGGAAGGAACGCACAGCAUUUACUAAGGAACAGCUGCGGGAGCUUGAGAUGGAAUUUAUUCACCACAAUUAUCUGACAAGGCUGCGGAGAUAUGAGAUUUCUGUGAAUCUUGCUUUGACCGAAAAACAGGUUAAAGUAUGGUUUCAGAACCGCAGGAUGAAAUGGAAACGUGUGACAGGACAAUCAUUGACACCCCAGAAAAAGAAGAAAGAAAUGGACCCUGCUGCCUCCUUAAAUCCAGAGUAGCCUGUUCUCUAACAAACUGAUCUCUAACAACCUUUGAUUUCAAAGGAUGCCUUGAAGAUCUGGUACCAAGACAACAAUCAACUUGAGUCCAGACCAAGAAAGUGCUUUAUGGAAACGCUUUAAACAAUCCCCACUCCCUAUUCACAAGAAGAUAAAAAGAGGAAAAAGGGAAACAUAUUCACACUUGCAAGCUCCA